AUAGGCAAAACGAGAUCCAAUACCACAUAGUACUUUCCCGCGAAAUAAGUGGUGUUGUUGACAUUUUUUAUUUUGACAGGAAAAUGACAGAAACAGCGAAGUCUAGUCCAAAUUUACCCUGGGUGGAAAAGUACAGACCAAAGAAGCUAGAUGAUCUUAUUUCACACCAGGAUAUUAUUUCGACUAUCAACAAGUUUGUCUUCCAGAACCGUCUCCCCCAUCUGUUAUUUUAUGGCCCGCCAGGUACAGGGAAAACCAGCACUAUUCUUGCUGUGGCCAAACAGAUGUAUGCUCCGAAUGAGUUCCACUCCAUGGUGCUAGAGUUGAACGCUUCUGAUGACCGUGGUAUUGGUAUAGUAAGAGGACAGGUUCUCAGCUUCGCAAGUACCAGAACCAUUUUCAAGAAGGGGUUUAAGCUGGUCAUUCUAGAUGAGGCUGAUGCAAUGACAAGAGACGCACAAAACUCUUUGAGGAGAGUGAUAGAGAAGUUCACAGACAACGUUCGGUUUUGUAUCAUCUGUAACUAUCUGUCGAAGAUCAUCCCAGCCCUUCAGUCUCGGUGCACGAGGUUCAGAUUUGCUCCUCUCUCCACCGACCAGAUGUUGCCCAGGCUCCAACACGUAAUUGAAGAAGAAAAAGUUAUAAUCGAUACUGAGGGCGUGAAUGCUGUGGUGACACUUGCCAAUGGAGAUAUGAGGAAGUCCUUGAAUAUUCUUCAGAGUUGUUCCAUGGCCUACGACAGUAUAGAUGAAGAUUGUGUGUAUACGUGUGUGGGGCAUCCACUUAGAAAAGACAUAGAAAACAUUGUCUACUGGAUCCUGAAUGAAAACUUUACAACGGCGUAUAACAAUAUCAUGAAUUUGAAAACAGCAAAAGGAUUAGCUCUCCAAGAUGUCUUGACAGAAGUUCAUAAAUAUGUCCAUAAAGUGGAUCUGCCCAUGCACGUCAGGCUCCACCUUUUAGAGAAGAUGGCCGAAGUGGAGUACAGACUGGUUUCUGGAACAAAUGAAAAGAUACAGCUUAGUUCCCUGAUAGCAGCCUUCCAAGUCACGAGGGACAUGAUAGUAGCGGAGGCAAAAUGAUAACACGAAGUGAUAGACUGGAUAGACAUGAUCUUCACGUGAUACACUUCAUCUUCAUGUUGCAGGGGAGGGGUUCUUAAGUUCAAGAUAUAUUCUAAAAUCUGGAUUGAGUUUAAACUUCAGAAAUAUGGUACAGAUGUAGUUGUUUUUGCUCGACUUUGCAUAAAAUUAUUAGUACAAAGGUAUGAGACUUUGAAAACAUUUUCAAAAAGGGGUCUCAGACCCUUUAUCCAGAUUUUACACAUGAGUCCCUCAUACUGUAUUCAAACUGACCUGCUAUUUUUUCAGGAUGACAUUGAUCAAAUUGAUCAAAUUAGUAAUUAACAAUAACAUCAUAAACUCAUAAUCAUGUGGUUGCUGGGGUCACAGUAUAAAUUGUGAAAAAGUACUUGUAUUAAUUAUUAUGAAAAAAGGAAUACGCAUUGUGAACAAGAACUUGUGUUAAUUAUUAUGAAAAAAGGAAUUCUCAAUGCGUAACACACAAAGGCAAAGAUUGGAUACAUAAAAAGAGUAACAUUUCAUAAACUGUAUGAUGUAAUUAAACUAUUACUGUACAGUUCUUGCAUGGAAGAACUCCAAAUAGUACUUGAUAAAUGUUGACGGAAAUGUUGUUUAAAAUGGAAUAUAUUUAAACAUGCUGUUUAUGUUUGAAAAAUAGAUAGAUGAAAUAUGAGGCGGAGUACAAAAAUUGAGGACUUCUGUAAUAAAUAUCAAACGAACCUUUA